AAGCUCAGGGAACGACAUGUGGCGUGUUUUAAACACAGCAUGUAAGUGAGUGGUGAACUGUAGAUAAUAUACUUCAGUGAUACUGACGGAAAGGACAAAAGGAAAAAUGAGUGGAGAAACUGUUACUAUGGCUUCUGAAACUACUUAAUAUUUCAGCAGAACUCAGGACUCUUCACCUGCACCACUUGUUCAGCUCUCCAUCUCACACACAGUAAAGGGGAAGUGGUGAUGGACGACUACACUGCAAGACCAUAACUUCAUACUUUUACACAAGGCCUGUGAAGUGGCUUAUAUCUUCACAACUUUAUAAUUUAAUGCACUGAACACAACGUUCUUCACUGAUAAUGAAGUCGAGGAGAAACAGGAACAUGCUGGUGAAUAUUGUAGCAGAAAUCAGGACUCUCAGGACUCUUCUUCUCCUGCUGUGCUGUUUACUGUGUGAAGCUGGAGACGAGACGGUCACACUGCAGGAAGGGGAAGGAACCACUAUAACUCUCCAUACUGGGAUAACUGGGAUUCAGAGGGAUGCUCAUAUAGUUUGGUUUUAUGGACCUGAGAAAGCAGAGGAAAAGAUAUUGAUUAGUCAGGUGUUUAAAGGAGAAACUGUUACAGACAUCAGUGAGAGAUUUAAAGAGCGACUGCAGCUGGACAGAAUCAGUGGAGCUUUAACCAUCAGGAACAUCAGCAGAACUGAUUCUGGAGUUUAUUUAUUACACGUCAUCACUGGACGUCUCUCAUCUAGGACUUUCAGUGUCAGUGUUUAUGCUCCAGUAUCAACUCCAGUAAUAAUAAAUGAAAGAGGAAAGCGAAGUGUGAUUUCCACAGAGUCGUGUUUCCUCCUGUGUUCUGUGGAGAAUGGAGAAGAUGUGAAGUUAUCCUGGUACAGAGAGAAUGAGAGAAUCUCCAUCACCAAUAACACAGAUCUUAGUGUUCCCCUCAAUCUCUCACUUCAAAUACAACACAAUGACAUUAACACUUACAUCUGUGUGUCUGCAAACCCUGUCAGCCAUAAAACAACUUCUCUCAUCAUCACACAGCUCUGUGACGUCUCAGACACAUCUGAUGGUUCUCCUUCACUGCUUCCUGUCCUGAUAUCAGCUGGAGUUUUCCUGCUACUAAUACUAACAGGAUUUGUGUGGGUUUGGCUAAAAAGUAAAAAUAACAAGGUCCUAAAGAAACUUGAGGAAGUGACUUUCACUGAGGUGACAAUUACAGCUCACAGUGCAGAGAGAGUUAAAAAGGAAGAAAAGUCCAGAAUAACAGAUGGUCAAGAGCUGAAUACCUUCAUGAUGUACUCAGCUGUGGAGACACUGACAUAAUUCUGUACAUACUUAUUUAUCAAAAAGAACAUUAAAUGAUAAUUAAUCAAUUUCUUUUAUAGGUCACUGAUCUAUAAUUCAUUUAUAUUUAAUAACCUUUGAAUAUUGGAGUUUGGAAUAAAAAUAAUUAACAUUCUCGAUCUGUUUACUUCAUUAAACUACAAAUAAAAACUGUUU